AUGCGCAUCGUGCCGUAGUGGUCGCAGUAGAGCUUCCCCAGUAUCAGGUUGUAGAUGGAAGUGGUCACCUGGAAACCCAGCCUCAAGGCCUCAGCUUACAAGGUAAUAUUUAUCGGACUUAUCGCCAGGUUGUGCUGUGUUUGUCCUCAUACCUUGCUCCAUUGGAAAACCUCUCCGUCGUCGAACUCCAGUGUUAAGACGCCGACGGGAUCUAACUGGAUCGAACGCCCCCAGAACUUGCUCUUCAAAUCGCUGUCUCCCCAGAAUUUCCAUCCUUUACCCUCGCAGUGGCACGCAACAAUCAUCGGGUGGUGGCUGACCUGGCAGAUAAAGAGAGCAUUGACGUGAGAUUGUAGAUUAUAUACGACAAGACACCAGUAGCGGGAAAACAACAGGCGAAUUCGUCAUAUUGCCCAAUCUGUCAAGAUUAGUAGUAGACCAUGAAAUCAGUGUGUCAGGAACUGAUUUCCAACAAUUGCUCCAGAUUUUGGAGCCGCUAUUGGAAAAAUGCGAUCGAAAUGAAGAAACGAAAUGAAGAAUAAUCGGAUUAAUCGAUCGGAUGAAGAAUACAAGAGUCGUUAGUCUAAUGUUCCAAACUUAGGUUCCUAAACAGUCAUAAUGCAAAGAAGCGUGAUAGUAGACUAUUGGAAAAGCAUUUGCUAUAUUUUGGCUCUUUGAUUGAUCAUUCCUGUUGCUGAAAAUGGUCCUGUCUGGCAUUUUAACACUUAAAAGAUUAGUAGACUAAAUCUGGUGCGACCAAAAGAAGAACUGCAAGAUCAGGAAACAACGCACUCUAAUGGACCAUGAUAUAGAAUCUCUUUAUCUCAUUCAAGGUCCCUGACAAACGUAUAUAUCUAUCUAUAUAUAUAUAUAUAUAUUUGCACAAAAUUACAAGGCCCGUUAUAAGAUACUCCUAUGAAAUGCCGUGAAACAAACGGUUGCUUGAGAGCCAUCCUCUCAGAAGCAAGGUAUCCACGAACAACAGAGAUGAAACUUACGCUAUGACAGAUCGUGACCUGUCAUGCCUUGUUCACUUUAAUUAUAUGGAUAUCAUGAAUGUCUUUCUUUUCAUGAUAUAUCUAUGA